AUGCCGUUCUUUUCGCAACAACCUUCAUCUACGGCGUCCAUCGAGCUAUCACCUCUUUUAGCGCAAGUCCCCGUGCCAAGCCAAUCAGCACUUUUUCUCGACAGUCUCCACGAACCGUUGGCAGCCGAGCCUUCAACUUCGGAUUCUUCCCCAGCCCCUGAUCUAUCCACCAACCAUGGGUUCUACUCCCAUCACAGGGUUCUGCCCGAGGAAGAGCACAUCCGUAUCUUGUACCUGGACUCGGCGCCCAUGCAAGAUGGAACGCUGGCCGGCACCAUCAAGGUCAUUAGUUUGAAAGCCAGCGCGGAGAAUCCCUCUUUUCCGCCAUUCGCCGCUCUGUCAUACGUUUGGGCGCAAAGCGCAUGCAUAUGCGGUGCAUGCAGUUUCGGCCCCUUCACCAUUCUCCUGAACGGCACCCUCAGGCUAAACAUCACGGUCAACUGCUACAUGGCCUUACGGCAGAUCCAUGCGCACCAGGCCGCACGGCGACUCGACAAGAUCCCAGUGUGGGUAGAUUCCAUCUGCAUCAACCAGGAGGACCAGAAAGAAAAGACCUGGCAGAUCAACUAUCUAAUGGGGAAGAUAUACAUGGUAGCAGCCAUCGUCUACGUGUGGCUGGGCCCGGGUAAUCCGUGGACUAAUGCAGCUAUGGAUUGGAUGCGAUAUGGUGGAUGCAUCAGGCGCCCUCUUCCUCUGGCUCGGCUGGCAAAAGAAGCAGGCGCAGGCAUCGCCCGCCUUGGCCCAAAAGCCAGGGCGACAAGCUCCAAGUUUUGGGGCGCCAACAUCCUCCUCCGUCUCAGCCUGGUCGCCUCCUCGUUCUGGUGGUGGAAGAUGAGGCUAGAGAUUGUGGCAGGGACUAGAAUGCUGCUUGAUACGCCAUGGAUCAACCGCAUCUGGACGUUCCAAGAGAUUUUGCUGGCCUCAUCCCCCUUCGUUCUCUGUGGCGACCGCAUACUCGGCUGGGACGAGAUGAUGAACUCGGUGCACUUCACGCAGCUCUCGGGCAGCCUGUAUCAUCAUCACGCAUACAGGCUGCCCGCUGCGGUUACCCGUUACUUUGGAGGGUGCCAGCUGUGGGGUGCCCCCUGGCGUUCGCUGAUGAGGCUUUGGCUCGCCUUUCCCCGUCUCGCCCCAACCAGCCUAGGCGUUGCUCUUAGAACAUCUGGCGGCACCCGCGGCAGGCCCCUCGUCGACGGCCUCGGCUCAUUGCCCGUCUCUGAGAGCAGUAGCGACGAAGCAUAUCCGCCCCGAAACCAGUCUUUCAUUGAGAGAUAUGACCGAAUUUCACCCGGCGUCCGCCCAUGGUGUUCGCUAUAUUGGUCAUGGCUGUGCAGACUUUUCACCCUUUAUCUGGUUUAUUUACCGCUAUGGCCCGGCGUUUGGUUUCAGUCUAAAAUUCUCAACGCCAUCAACGAAAACCAGUUGUCCUUUAAACUCCAUGUGGCUGCGGACCUUCUUACCCUUCUCGUGGCUUUGAUCGCGACUCUCCUGCUGUCAGCACUUAUAAGAAACCAUAUCGUUCCCUGUUUGGGGUUUAUCCUUUUGGGAGUUCCAAAGGAAUCGUUGGUGCGUCUCUACUUGCAAACAUCGGAAAACACGGGGGGUGUGAGACAGAUACUGGCCGGGCUCCAGCGAGCGCUGCGCUUGCGCGUCUGCACGCAAGAGCAUGAUAGAGCCUUCGGCAUAUGGGGUGUCCUGAAUAUGCUUCAAGCCGACCCAGACGGGGUGGACUACAGCGAAGAGGUUAUUGCGACGCAUACUCGGCUUAUAGCAACGAUGGUACGAUGGGAGUCUGCUGCUAUCGGGCUUAUAAUCGACGCCGGAAAGCCCCGGUCCGAUGAUCCCCUAGAUGGCGCCCCGUCCUGGGUGCCCCGUUGGGUCGGAGGCAACGGAACUCACUGCCCGAGCCCCUGGCUGUCCUUCAGAUACCACUUCGAACCGUGGGAAAGCCCCGCCAUACCGAUCUUGCAGCAGCAGCCAACACGUCCGGUCAUCGAUAGUAGGUCCCUCCGUCUCCUCGGCCGCCCUCACGGCAUGGUCGAUAUCGUCGAGACAUUCAGCGACUGUUUGGCGCAGCAAAACGACGGCGUCAUCCAGCUCCGCAGGGAAAAGCUGCUGGCUUGGAUCUCGGGCGCAUGGUCUCAAAUCCGCCGUUCCCGUCGAGGGAGGGUACCGUCACCCACGCUCAAGGCCCUGCUCCGCCACUAUCGGUACGCGGAAUGUUCAAUUUUCGCCGUGAUCAACGGUUUCGCCAUCUCGAGGGCCCCAGAUGGGCGGUUGAGGGUCGACGGAACCCCGAUCCCUGAGGGCAACUCCUUCGAUUCCAUCAUGAUCCACGCCCCCGAAGAGGCAACCACCAUUUGGCACAGGAUGAUCAAGAUUAGGGAUUUCUAUCCGGUGCUCGGCGUCACCACCAAACCAGACUGGCCCGAGGCUGAGCGCGUCGACGUUGACGCCAUUCUUUCCAGCGCCAAGCUUCCCGAAAGCCACCUGGAUGACCUUGUCCAGGACAUCAUCGACGACAAGAGGUGUCUUUUCACGCUCUCGAAUGGGCUGAUAGGGAGCGGGCCGCUCGAUAUGAGGGAGGGCGACGAGAUCUUCCUUCUUCAGGGCGUGGCUUGUCCCAUGGUCCUCCGGCCAAAUGGAAAUGCGACGGAAGGAACUCAAAGGAAGUACAAGAUUGUGGGGGCAGCGCUUGUGCACGGAAUCAUGCAUGGCGACUAUCUGACUAGAGAGCUCUGUAUGGAAGAAACGGAGGACCGGCCCCGCUACGGCGGAGAGGAAAUUCCGGUGGACGUGGAGAUUACCGCGGACGGCUGGGACGAGGAGAUCACAAUCGAGUAG